UUGGAAAGUGAUUUGUUUCGGCAAUGCCAUCCAACACAGUCACCACCACUGCUGCUCUUAAAAGCCCAGACUUCAACAGUGGUGGAAAUCGCAUAGUGCAGACGGAGAAAGUGAUUCAGGAAAAGGAGGUGGCUGUGGUGGACAGGUCAGCGCUGAGCACUCUGGCCCACAAAGUCGGACGGCCCAGCCAUAAGCUCAAGCACCUCCCCGUAGAAAGCUGUGGAUCCCUGACAGAGCUGGUGGGUGUUUCCAAAAGCCACAGAGGGACAGGACUCCAGUCCUGCUCCCAGCUUCAGAUUCAGAAUGGGGAUGUAGGAGACAGGCAUGGAAACAGGUCCACCGAAGUUUGUCAUCCCAUGCAGGACCAGAAUGCUCCUGAAAACAGCUUCCCUAGGCAAGCUGCCUGCAGCAUGAGCCCUUCCCGCGAGAACGGAUUUGGUGUUGCCCAGGACAAGUGCGGCUCCGAGAAGGACAAAGAUGAGGCGAUGUCAACCUUGCCUCGCAAAAAACGAGGAAGACGGAAACUGGAAAGACCUACGAAAUAUGUCGAGCACAAGCAGGAUGAGACUGGGGAUUUCUCGAAGAAUGAGGCAGCACGAGACAGGCUGCGUGAGGGAGUGGGCUGGAAAGUCAGCCUGCGCCAGAGACCUAUGCCCAGAGUAACCUUCCAGGCCGGUGACCCUUAUUACAUUAGCAAGAGGACCAGGGAGGAGUUGCUGGCCAAGUGGAAGAUGGAGGCAGAGAAGAAGGCGUGUCUGGUGUCCAUGAUGAACUCACUGGAGGAGUAUGGAGAGAUGGAAGUCAUGCCUCAAAAAGCCUCCAGCACCACGAGCAGCCUGUCAUCUCCUCUACCACCUGCACCCACACAACAUCAACACAAGCCGACCCAACCUCAGGCUCUUCCUAAAGCUCAAGCUCAGCCACAGCUGCAGGCUCCAUCCCAGCAACAGCCUCCUUCCCAGCAACAACAGCAGCAGCCUACAGACCCAGCAUCUCCUACAGUGGCCACCACCCCAGAGCCAGUGCCUAUGGGGAACGGAGACAAGACCUUACCCAAGUCCACAGAGGCAGAGUAUGAGGAUGGCCGAGGCUUUGGGAUUGGUGAGUUGGUGUGGGGGAAACUAAGGGGUUUCUCUUGGUGGCCUGGACGCAUCGUGUCUUGCUGUAUGACUGGGCGUAGCCGAGCUGCCGAAGGCACCAGAUGGGUCAUGUGGUUUGGCGACAGCAAAUUUUCAGUAGUGUGUGUUGAGAAACUGUUACCUUUAAGUUCCUUCUGCAAUGCUUUUCACCAGCCAACCUACAACAAACAGCCAAUGUACAAGAAAGCCAUCUAUGAAGUGUUACAAGUAGCCAGCAGUAGAGCAGGAAAAGCUUUCAUCACUUGCCCAGAGAGUGAUGACACAGACACCUGUAAGUCAGUAGACAUUCAGAACAAGCAAAUGAUUGAAUGGGCCAUGACAGGAUUUCAGCCUACUGGCCCCAAGGGCCUGGAGCCUCCAGAAGAGGAGCGCAACUCUUAUAAGGACGUAUACCCCGAAUUGUGGGUUGAGCCUGAAGCCGCGGCCUACGCGCCAACACCAGCCAAAAGGCCCCGCAAGAGCACGACCACAGAGAAGCCCAAAGUAAAAGACAUCAUUGAUGAAAGAACUCGAGAGAGGCUUGUGUAUGAGGUGCGGCAGAAUAGCAGAAACAUUGAAGACAUUUGUAUCUCCUGUGGAACUUUAAAUGUUUCCCUUGAGCACCCACUCUUUUCUGGAGGAAUGUGCCAAAGCUGUAAGAACUGCUUCCUGGAAUGUGCAUACCAGUAUGACGAUGAUGGUUACCAGUCUUACUGCACUAUUUGCUGUGGAGGAAGGGAAGUCCUAAUGUGUGGAAACAAUAACUGCUGCAGGUGUUUCUGUGUGGAGUGUGUGGAUUUGCUAGUGGGACCUGGUGCAGCUCAGGCCGCUAUAAAGGAGGACCCAUGGAACUGCUACAUGUGCGGUCAGAAGCCUCAGUCCGGUCUGCUGGAACGCAGAGCUGACUGGCCCAGUCGCUUACAGCACUUUUUUGCCAACAACCAUGACCAAGACUUUGAACCUCCGAAGCGCUACCCUCCUGUUGUGGCAGAGAAGAGGAAGCCUAUUCGUGUUUUAUCGCUCUUUGAUGGCAUCGCCACAGGGCUACUGGUGCUAAAAGAACUGGGGAUUCAGGUAGACCGCUACGUGGCCUCUGAGAUAUGUGAAGACUCCAUCACCGUGGGUAUCGUGCGGCACCAGGGGCGCAUCAUGUACGUCGGUGAUGUGAGGAAUGUCACACACAAACAUAUACAAGAGUGGGGGCCUUUUGAUCUUGUUAUUGGAGGAAGCCCAUGUAAUGACCUGUCCAUAGUCAAUCCAGCACGGAAAGGUCUCUAUGAGGGCACCGGACGGCUGUUCUUCGAGUUUUACCGGCUUUUACAUGAAGCUCGUCCCAAAGAAGGAGACAAUAGGCCGUUCUUCUGGCUGUUUGAGAACGUAGUGGCCAUGGGUGUCAGUGACAAGAGGGACAUCUCUCGCUUUUUAGAGUGCAAUCCAGUGAUGAUAGACGCCAAGGAAGUGUCGGCUGCCCAUCGUGCCCGCUACUUCUGGGGUAACCUUCCUGGCAUGAACAGACCGCUGACUUCCAUGAGCAACGACAAACUGGACCUUCAGGACUGCCUGGAACAUGGCAGAACUGCUAAGUUUGAUAAAGUAAAGACCAUUACCACUCGCUCGAAUUCAAUAAAGCAGGGCAAGGAUCAGCACUUCCCUGUGUUUAUGAAUGACAAAGAAGACAUCCUGUGGUGCACUGAGAUGGAGAGAGUGUUCGGCUUCCCCGUCCACUACACAGACGUGUCCAACAUGAGCCGGUUGGCAAGACAGAGGCUCCUAGGCCGCUCAUGGAGCGUCCCAGUCAUCCGCCACCUCUUUGCACCACUCAAAGAGUACUUCGCCUGUGUGUGAACGGCGGUGCAGCGAGUUGGAGGAAAUCCUAAACUAAUGUAUGAAAUAAGAAGAGCCUUGUUUACUUUGUUGCCAGUUUAUUACAUACAUCUACAGGGGUUGGACAAUGAAACUGAAACACCUGGUUUUA